AUGGCUGGGCAAGGCUGUGCGAAGACCAUCGCCAAUGAGCGCGCAGCUCGUAUCAAAGCCACUGGACAACGUGUCUAUAUCUCCGGGCUUAAAGGUCAUCACACGCUCGAGACUGGCGUUGCAUAUCACUACCGAGGCCACUUCAUCUAUGCUUUUCCAGCUAGCAACCCCAUUGAACCUGUCCCAUUUUCAACAAAAAAGGGCAUCAACAUAGUAGGAGUCGUCAAAGAUCAAGCGCCCAUUUACAAUCAUACAGACCCAGAUCUUAUACUCGAACAGGAUAUUGCCGCCUUACAGAAGUCUUGCGUACACGAAUGGGAAUUUCAACAAGCACAGGAAGAACUCAAGAAGCAGGAGACGAAAAAGGUACUUGAAGCAGAAGAGAUGGGAGAACAUAAGAAAACUAAAACCGAGACUGUGGCAAGCAGCACAAAGGAUUUUGACGCUGCUACGACUCCCAAGGCAAGCGCACAGGAACCCUUGCCCAGUGGAGCUCCCUUGCGUGUCCCGUCCUUUACGACAUUGCCAGUUCCCUCGCAAUUAUCAUCGAAGAGAGCUUGCCGCCCGCAGACUCACUACCAACCAGUGACCAGCCAACAAAGCUCAUCUUCUCCAAUCAACAUUCCCCGAAUCGGCACCGUCGAAGCUCCGCCUGCACAAACUUUUCCAUCAACAGCCUACACACCCCACGACCGCGGUAGGUAUCUCGCAUACUCCGCCCCCGGAUCCCGCCACGCCUCUGUAGACAACACGCCCUCCGUCUCACGCCCCGUCUCACCAACCCACCUCCAUGGUCUCAGUGUACGCAGCGGCCACGACGGCCAUGGUCAUGUUUCACUCCGGCCUAUAGCAAGCACUUCGCGUCUGAACCAACUUCUCGCAGAAGAAGGUUUCCGCCGGUCUAUGAGUCCUCUUGCAGAUGUAACAGAGGACCAUCUGCGAGGAAGCGGACACCGAGAAGGACGAGAUGGGGAUCUGGUAGUCAACCUUGGGGUAUCACAGGGCUGGAUGGACCCAGACGAUAUUUCCGCGUUUGUGGAAACUGUGAGCCGGAGGCCGUCGCCUUCUCGUGUCUCUUUGCGGACUCGCUCGCGCUCGUUGUCAAGGGUGAAUAGCCGGGGUCCACGGGGUGAUUCAAACUCACCCGAGAAGGACGUCGAUGAGGGUUUGUAUCUCCAUGGUCUGGGUCAUCCGGAUGUGAUUCGUAAUGAUGCAUCUAGGGCUCAGACAAUGGAGUCUAGCCCGUUCCGUGCACCGGGUUAUGGGUCUACGGAGAGUACGGCGUAUUUGAGAGAAUUGGCAAUGAGGCAUUACGAUAUAGUCAACGCCGAGCCAGAGACGUCUUCAUCGCAGUCACAGACGCCCAUUGGCCAUCCACCCACUGGUCUAUUUGGAAGCCCGGUAGUUGCAACGUCACUGCACCGCGAUGCCAUGCCCGCCUUCACCUUCCCAGUUCCUCGGCACACACUGGAUACUUCCUCUUUUCCCGCUUUCGACGACGAUGUUCCGCCCGCUAGCUACAUAGAUCACGCUGAUAAGAAACCUCUUGUCACAGGUCGUCCACGCGCUGGAUCGAAAUCUGUACACACUGGCCGUCCACGCGCUGCUUCCAAGGCGCUGAAUGAAGCUUACAACGCCGCCAACCCAUCAUCAACGCCCCGUCUGGUAUUUCCGUUCAGCUUCAUCCCGCCUACCGGGUACACUGGUACUGAGAACGACAACACCACCAGCGCCACCACCACUGAUGCUCAGAAAAUAACCUUCGUAGCCCGCUGCCCACUACACUCGGAGUCUUGUAAUGGUCAGGACGUGGUACACGAGCAUAUGACGCAGCGUGCUAGGAAUGGUGCUGGGUUCAAGGACUUGUUUCCCACGAUUGAGUGUGAAGGUGGAAGGGUGAUGGUGGAUUGGAAGAAGUUGAUGAAUGAGGAGGUGGAGAGGCUGAAGGGUGUGUGA